UUCCCCGUUUUACAACAGAGAUUUCCUCUUGUUGAGUAUGUAUCUCUUCAUCAUGUCAAUCAGAAGUGAAUCAUCCUCGAGCCAGCUAGAUCCUCUAGUCAAACGCGUGAGGCCUGACUCUUGCAACAAUUCCCCCAUCCGGGUCACUCGAGUCAAGAAUAUUAUACCGAGAUAUCCUGUCGGAGCAUGCGUCACCAUCAUUGAUGAGGAUGAUUUGGUUACCCCUUUUUCUUCGAGCCUGAUCCUACCAACCGCUGCAGAUCUGGAGAACGUCGACUUAGGAAUUUCUUGUCAUGAGUAUCCUAAUGCAGGUUUGUCGUUCGCAACCCGCGUGAGGUGUCUCUCCUCUAAUUACCGAAACGUCGGUGGGUUUCUGGGGCAAAAAGAAUUCGUGACUCUUUACACAAAGAUAUGGAGGAUAUAUGGCCACAUCGCCACCAGGAGUGUGGUGCAAUAUUGUUCGUCUGCUUUAGUUUCCACAGUGAAUUGUCUCUUGCCAAUGGUCGCCGAAGUGGAAAGUAUGUCUAUACGUGUUGUCGCGGAACCAACUAUUCAAAAGUGGGAGAAAAUGGUGUCUACCUGUGAAUCCCUGAAGUUCAACAUUAGCUGGUUGCGGCGUCGUCUUAAUAUUGUGAAGGUCGACAGAGCCGGUAUUCUUGCUGGCGUGGUUCCUGCUACGAAAGCUAUUAUGGAAGAGAAGAAAUCUCUGGCCAUGGAGUCACAUAAGGUGGAAGAGUCAAUCCGAAACUUGAAGAGUAUGACUGAAAGGUAUCAAAGCCGGUUAAAGAUGAUGCUUUCGAGGGAUUACAAUCUGUUGGAUAGGCUUUUCUGUGUUAUGUAGUUGCGAGAUGUUUGGUUUCUUUCUGAGUAUUGAGCAGGUU